AUGAAAGUACGGGCGAUAUUUAAAACUGGUGAAGGUUGUGAAGUUCUGGUGGUUGAAGGUGGAAUUUCAGAGGUUGUAAAGAUGGGUGGUGUUGUGAGAGGAUUGGAGGGAGGAGUAGAGGAAACCAUCAGAGGUACAGAGCAAUUCAUAGGUUAUUUUGUGAAUUUGGACAUAAAGGUUAUAUUUGACGAUAGCUCAAACAAUAAAACAAAUGGAACAGUCAUAAAUGGGCCUCAAUUGUUAGCAUCCAAGAUGUAUCAACUAUCUCCACAUGAGGACUUGUCCCUUGCAAUGUUAUUACUAAGGCCUAAUCGGAGUUAUGGUGAUCAAGAAUUAUUACGAGAGAAAACAAGUGUCACAAAAGAUAAUUACGGAACUGUUGAUAAAGUCUAUGUUGUGUGCCAACAAGAUAAAUUGUUAAAGCUUGAUUUUCAAUUGUCAAUGAUUGAAAGAAAUCCUACAAACGAUGUCAAAGUGAUUCCUAAAGCUGAUCACAUGGUCAUGUUCUCUAAACCCCAAGAGCUUUUUGCAUGCCUUCAAGAAAUUGCUGACACAUAUUAUUAGCAAUUUAA